AUGAUAAAACUUCUUCAGCUCACUCCAACAAGGCUCAGCUUUGUUAGAAAUGAGACGUGGCUGAAAUAUGCUGUGCGUAGCUUGUUUUCAGUUACCCGAGUUUGUUCCCCAUCUUUGGCCAAGUUCUUUGAUGGUGAAAAAAGAGGGAACAGCCAAAAUAAAAGAUCUCCUCGGGCUUUGUCUAACACGAUGCACAGACCACUUGCUGCUGCUCUUGCAUCAGAUGGAAAAGAUGAAGAACCGGUUUUAUGUACAGAUUCUUCACGACAUUUUGGGUUAGUUGUGAGGAAGCUUGCUCCUUCUAAUCUACAGAGCCCUUUUGUAGAGGUCAAGUCUGAUGCUGGAAAAAAGAAGUUUAGGUGCACGACGGAGUGA